GCCAAUCAGGAGCCAGUCAGAAAGAAAGGGAGAGAGAGAGAGAGAGAGAGAGAGAGAGAGACGAGCAAACAUCAAAAGAGGCGAAGCACGCUGUACCAUGCGAGCUCGCGCUCGAAAAUCGCAAUGUCGGAUCCACGGUGACGCGCAUCAUCUUCAUCACCAUCUUCAUCACCACCGCCGCCAUCAUCAUCAUCACCACCAACAAUAUCGCCCUCGAUCGCCCCGUUUUGCAAAGGAAACGUGUUUUUUUUCCCCAUCGGAGGAACUUCGCUGGAACAUAGAGGGUCCGCGCGCGGGGAAACAUGGCCGAAGGAGGGCCGCGCGGCGACGCCGCCAAGUGCCCGGGGCAGGAGGAGCGGAGCCCGGGGCAGGUCCUGGCUGGAUCCGGCUACUGCAAAUGGUUUAAUGUCCGCAUGGGAUUUGGAUUUAUAUCGAUGACCCAGAGCGAGGGGCGUCCAGUGGACCCUCCGUUAGACGUCUUUGUCCACCAGAGUAAACUGGUGAUGGAGGGCUUCCGGAGCCUGAGGGAAGGCGAGCAGGUGGAGUUCACCUUUAAAAGGUCCAGUAAAGGGUUGGAGUCGCUCAGGGUAACGGGGCCCGGGGGUGGACCCUGCUCCGGCAGCGAACGACGCCCCAAAGGAAAGGCCAUGCCCCCAAAACGCAAACCAAAGGGAGACCGGUGUUAUAACUGUGGAGGUCUGGACCACCAUGCUAAAGAGUGCAGUCUGCCACCUCAGCCAAAGAAAUGCCACUACUGUCAGAGCGUGAGUCACAUGGUGGCCCAGUGUCCCCACCGGGGGGCGCCAUCCCCCUGCAGCUCUCAGGACCCCCGGCAGUCCCGAGACGACGCCCACUCUUCAUCUCCAGAGGACACGCCUCCCACUUCUCAGCACUGGAGGCUGUCCCGAGACUGACUGCAGACUCGCCUCUGAACUCUGACCUCCGACCUCACUCUGAGAGAGCCUGGAAUCAGCAUAGUCUACCUCACACGUUCGAGGAACAAGGGAGGUUUUCACUUCCUGCGCAGCUACGGCAGCAGCCGUGUGUGUGUGUGUGUGUGUGUGUGUGUGUGUGUGUGUGUGUGUGUAUGUGUGUGUUAGGACCCUGACUGAUUUACCUUCUAUGCAACUAUGGCACAGGUUAUCAGGGGGUAGCUGUGUGUGUGUGUGUGUGUGUGUGUGAGAGAUGUGCUGUGAGACACUGAAGUGAAUGUGAAUCCAAAUUCAUAGUCAUCAUCACAUAAACCUCACGAAGUCUUCAAGCUGCUAAUUUCGAUCGAUUCUGAAGGCCGCUAGAUCAUAAAGGUACAAUCAAACUUUUUUUUUUGUUUUCCCCCUUUUUUUAAUCAACAUUCGAUCAAAGGCAAACAAAUCAUUCCACUUUGAAGAGCCAGGCUGAUCAAACACAUCGACUUCACCCUAAUGCUAAUGCUAAUGCUAACACCGCAGCUACAGACCUUUUAGUCAUAACCAAGUUGAGCCAAGUCGAGGAGAACAGAUCAGAUGCUCAUCCCCAGAAUCUCUGCCUUUUAUAUAAUUUAUGUCGUUUUGACAAAUGGGACAAAACAUAAUAACGCUUCAUCGUUCCUUCUUAUACGACAUACAAAAUCUUUUCCGCCAAUUUGGAACUCGCGUGACGCACGAACGUUUUUCUACGAGCCCACGGUUCUCUUCACUUUACAGCUACAACCUGAAAACGCUCGAGCUUCAUCACAGAAAGCUUUUCACGACGGUUCUUUUCUCCAAAAAAUAUUUUUGGAUGUCAACGUUUGUACCUGAACUGUUAUUAACCAUCGAAGUUACUCUACGCUAGUUAGCGAUUUUUAGUCCGCUAGCUAGCUAACAUCUGAUUAUCGUAGCCUCUCCACAUGUAUACGGAUUUAGCUAAAAAAUUUGGGUCUGUUUUUGAAAAGUAUUUUUUCGAAUAUUCAGCCUUUACAAGAGUGCAUCAACUGUUAGGUGGAAUACCACAGCGACAUCAUACAGAGGUACAUAACGCAAACGGCGCGCAUAAUGAGCAGCAAAUAUCAACAACUGCGCAAAUGCAAUCGCCACAACAAUCAGCAAUACUUUGCACAAAUCUAAUCUAAGUCUGUGCUCAUCAUGUGGUGCGUAUCAGCAGACAGAAGAGUCGCUCGGCGAUCUUAUUAAUGCUAACGUGCGAGAAAUUGACGCGAAAUGAAAUAGUACCACAAUAAGCACAAGUGAACAAACAAGCACAUUCACACCACAACAAAACCCGUUUUUCUGGUCCACCUGAAAACCAAAAAAUGUUCAAAUUUCUCUUUUUCUCUUACUUUUUAUUUGACUUUUUUAUUUGUAUUUUUUUAUCAAAUUUUUUUUUUGAAAACAGUACUUUUCAGUGACACAGAGAAGUGUGAUGUUUUUGUGGACCGGAGGCCUAAACACACAGAGUAGUUUUGUGACUUUAGCCACAGACGCUAACGCUAACGGUUCUUCUGACCGCUCGAUCGGACCGCCAGAUUAUUGCCGAUUGCACCUGGAAUCUUUUCCUCAGUGAACUCUCCGCCUUUAGGAUCUCGAACAUGAAGUAGCUUUUUCUAGCUGGACUGUUAUCAAGCGUGUGGAGGAGCCUCGGUUAUUUACCGCCGCUUUAAUAUUCAUAUUAUUCACACAGAGGAACUCUGCCUCAUCAUCGCUAACUGUGUGUGUGUGUGUGUGUGUGUGUGUGCGUGUGUGUGUUCACUCAUGCAGAGACAGUGCUGCUUUUCAUAAUCACUUGAACUGCGCAAAAAAAACAAACAAAAACAAAAAACCCUGUUUGACUGCGGUGUCUCUCCUCUGACCAAACUGAAUGUGAAACUCGUAGCCGGUUGCGGAAAAAAUGUUUCCUUUUAUUUUUUUUAAACCUUGUGUGUCGACAAAUCAACCAGUUACGCACCGUAUACCGUAUUUUCUGAAAUAUAACACACACGCGAAUUUAUUAUUUUUUUUAAAUUAGUUUUUUUGAGUACACUAGUGUUAGCUUUGUGCUAACAUAUCAACAGAAACCUUAGUUUAAAAGGCUCACUAACGAUCACUUGAAGAAAUCCAGCAUAUAGCAGCGCUAACAGGCUAGGAGUAAAACCACGGAUUUCCAUGACAUUCUCAUACAAGACCUGUAGCUUAGAUUAGUUAACUAGGAAGAUUUCAACUGACGGCGUAUUACAAAAAAAAAAAGACACCAUGAUGUGCCAUGACAUUAUAGUUCUAAGCUCUAAAUAGCUGCUAGUUUAGCUAGCUAGUGCCUAGCAGUACUAAUAGUUAGAUAUUUUAAACGUGAAGCUGUUUCAUUUAAGCUAGCUGGCUAAAUUUCAUCAACUCUUGGUUUUAGCUAACUGCUAAUUGAUACACAGGAAGGACAUGUCUUGUCAGGUCAGACUUUAUAACUAAAAGCUAGCUCGAAAUAGCUUUCGGUCUUUGUAAAGAAAAAAAAAACUCUUGGAGGAGAAUACGGUAUACGCAGCGGGUUUGUUUUUAAACGCUACAUAAACUCUAUUUUGGUAUAGAGGUGUGUACCAAAGAUGCCGGCAGUGUUGCGGUCAUUCAGAGUGCGGAGGAUCUACAUCAAAUUUCACCACCAAUACCAAGCAAACCGCAGGUCCUAUACUCAGUGACAAACAGACAAACACAAUAUGAGUGAGAGAGAGAAAGAGAGAGAGAGAGAGAACAUUUUUCUGAUACAUCGUAUUUUUUACCCACAAUUCCUCUCAGGAUGAACAACUCUCAGGGAACAGAUGGAGCGAUUGGACUGACGUAUCCUCAUGGGAAAGACGGCGGUGUUUUCUCCAACACUAAACCUCCUCACUGUUACGUUUCCUUCACAUGCAGUACAACACGUAUGCUGUUAAACUACCUCGGAGUUCUACAUCAUCAUGCCUUAGCAAGCUGGUUGUUUGUUUUCGUUUGGUCUUUUGUUCAAAUUGCCUGUUGUUAUUUCAUGAGGUUUUCGCUUCUUAGUUUUUUUUGUGUCAUAUCUGAAUGUUUUAUUUGGACGGUAAUACAUUUGUUUACAGCAAAAGCCUACCUCAUUUCCUGUGUUCCUCAUCAGGGCUGGUGUGAGGCGGCUGAGAGGAAACCAGACUGAGCGCCGGUUUAUUUCCUGAUUAUCAGGCUAUUGGGAUAUAGAACAUGUCUUUAGACGAUCUGCUGUGGGUUCGCGUGUAAAGCUGGACAUGCACUACAAGCAUGUUAAAAAAAAAAAAGACCAUGAAAGAACUUUGCGAGAAAACAAUAUUUUACAUAAAAAUCAUGCUAACGUCAUGCUAACGUCAUCGAGCUGUAGGCGAGGGUUUCCGCACCCGUUUGUUUCUAAUAAUUCGGCCACAACAGCUUCAACAAGAAGUUUUAAAUAUGCACAUAGAUCAAUCACAACAUGAACACAAUUAAUUAUUCCUUAUUUCACAUUUAUAAAUGUUUGGGUACUUUUCCUCUAUCACCCGAUUGUUGAGCCUUUAGCUUUGUUGACUAGUUAGCAGGAGUCUAGAGGAUAACAUCGGUAAGCUAGCUUGCUUAAAUGUCCUGACGCUUUGGAUUUAAGCUAGCGAGCUAACUAUUUAUAGAUCCGCAUUCGAGCUAGCUGCUAACAUCGCAAGAUUUCGCUAGAUGCUGUGGUACGUUUGGUCACAACUUUUAAAGGAAGAGGCAAUUUGAUUCGGCAUUUCUCUCUCACUUGACUAUAGCAGCUAUCUAAAGUCGAUGUUUAAGCUAGCUAGCUAACUGAGUACAGUCCUACGGUCUAGCUGGCUGUUAUCUAGCUUUCACUAGAUACUUUGGUACAUUUGGUUGUCUUUGAGCUUCCGGUCUUAACAAAAAUCCUAGUCAAAUCUGGCAAAAGUCUGGCAAAUGUGCUGAUGGAAUGUAAUGUUUGUUUGAAGAGCGAUCUCCACGAGAAGAACAUAGCUAAUCGUAGCACAACAAACCCAAAUAUUCUUCAGUUUAAUUUAAUGCGGCAAGCUAAAAUGACAUUAAGCAGUUAGGAUUAACUGUAGCCAUGUCAGAUCUUGACUUUCGUCUUAUCACAAAAAGUAUCUAAACAAAAGCUAUUUAGCUAUCAUGAAAAUUGAUUGUGUUUGUUGAAAGAAUGAAACGCUUUGAUGAAAUAUUCAUGAAACUCGCCAGCUAAUAUCUUGACUAGUGACACUAUUACAUGUACAUGGCUAGCUCAAUAACUGGAGACACCACAAACUUCUGCUAGUGCUACGAUUGUCAGUCUUGUUGUCAUUUCCGACACCAACGGGUUUGCUAGAAAGUGUGUGUGUAAUUUGGCCCUGAAGUGAAUGUCCAGCUUCACGAAGCUCGAAGUGGGUUUACGGCGAUCGUCCUUCAUGGGACUGUGACUAGCUGGACACCAGUCAGAUCUGUAACGAUAAGGUCUCUGAUCGAACGGUUUUCUUUAGAUAUGUAAGUAUUAAUCACACUGAAGGUGGAGGAAGGAGGAAGGGAAGCUUCAGGAAGAACAGAAGUCUUUUAUUUUUAUUUUAUUUUUUUGUCACUGGAGUGCCUGUUCUCAUUGCCAGGAAUGAAGUUGUAUCGUUAUAAAGCCGCCUUUAAAAGAAUGUUGAACCAUCCUGGGAAUUCUGGGAUAUGGCCGUUAGUUUGUUGUAAACUGUCUCGCAUCAAUACUUAAAAAUCAGUGGGUAGGUAUGUGCCGCUACACAGUGUUUACCAUGAAUCAUGCUAACUGCCUAAUCUCUUAUCAUGAUUUACAUUAUUAUUAUUAUUAUUAUUAUUAUUAUUAUUAUUAUUAUUAAUAUUAUUAUUUAUGCGUUUAUCUGUACCUCUGAGUCUUUUGGUUAUUUUUGCUUGUUUUUAGUCACACGGUUGAUUAUAUUUAAAGACGAACCGAUCGAUCGACUGACUCUGUAACAAAUUGUAGGGAAACCGACGCUAUUCUAAAAGAUCCACCGUAUUAACGAUGUCUUAACAGAGGAGUUUAUUGUUUUAAUAGAUUAUGGGGAUAUGUGGAGAAGCAUGUUUUUUUUUUUUUUUUUGAGAGGAGGACCUGAAAUACGUCGGUGUUACGUUUCAGAGGAAGAACUACUGACGUGUUGAGGACAGAAGAGCGUUAAUGCAAUAAAUCAUCCAGAUUUUCAGACUUUAUCAUCAGCCUGGAAAAUCAACCUAUGGUUUAUAUUACAGCUAUGAUUUUUUUUUUUGACUGUACCUUCUUAGGGUUUUUUUUUUUUUUUUUUUUUUGAGCCUAAAUGUCAAGUUCACUAUUUUGGUUUCUGGAUUUAUUUUGAAAUAUGUUCCAAAACCCAUCAACGAUCCUGAGAUUGAGAGUGAAAAUGGCUGGCUCUAAAUUCAACGUACAGAUUGUUGCAAUUAACAGCGAAUGUAGUCAGUCAGCCGCGACACAAGUGAAGCUCGUGAAGAGCAGUUUAGUUCUGGUACAAACUGCAUCACUAAAGCAACUCACAGGCAGCAAAAUGUCUUAAACAGUGCUAAUCUGCUAGCGGGUGAGAUGUGAACAUCUCUCCAUGUUACUGCUCAUCAGUGGGGUGAAAGCUCAGCUACAUUCGGAGAGAGAGAACAGAACGUUUCCAUUCUAACACUUGAACAUAAAAAUCAAACUGUGUCUUUAUUUUAAAUACAUAUGAAGUUAUUUCCCUCCAUUUUAAAACCCUCAUGAAGUCAUGAAGGCAGCUGUGUUAAAAGCCUUGAGGGAUUUCUGGAGUAAAAGUUGAUAAUCCUGCUUCACAAAAGUCAAAAUGGAAUUUGGGCUAUUUUUUAUUUUAAAUGAAAACAUUUAGACCUGGCUGAAGAUGUAUUUUAGGCCGUAUACCAUAUUAAACCUAAUUAACUCAGUGAUAGCUGAACUCUUAGGCCUUCUUAAUGCUCUGAAAUUGGAAUGAACUCACUGUAGGCUUUAACUCUUGUUCCUAUUAAAUACGUAUAUAUUUUUUUUGGCUGUUAUUAUAUCAUAUCCCUCAUUGUAUCCUCAUUAUUUGGUCUGUGAAUCUUUGGAGUUUUGACUGUAUUACGUUUGAUGAAUGAAAUUAAACCUGCUAUAUCAACAUGAACAUCUUCAGUAUCGAGUCGUUCAUGAGUCUCCAGUUGAACCGCCAACGAAUCACACUGUUUUUAUUUAUUUAUUUAUUUAUUUAUUUAUUUAUUUAUUUAUUUACAGAAUCCUGAUCACAGUUCUCACUCACGACUCUUUCACCAAGUUUGUAAGGA